AUGCUUUUAUCUAAACUUGCUCCGCGACAAGCCUCGCUUAGAGCGUUUUCGUCGGUCGUGCCCAAAAUCUCCAUCGGCAAUAACGUGCCUCCUGCUCGCACCCAUCCUAACAAUAGCAACUCUCGCCAGUUCCAGUCAACCCUUUCACAAUCAAAUAAUAAUAAACAACACUCACUCAAGAAGUCUGUGUAUCAGGACGAUCUCAACCUGUUUAAGGAUAAGAUUAACACGUAUGUCCAGGUCAACCGCAUUCGGUCAUCCAACCUUCUUUUUGAUCUCAACCAGUCUAUGGACAUUUACAUGAAGUUACGUGCGGCAAACCCCUUUAUGCCAGGCGACAUUGCCCGUCUCCUCCAAAGCUUGCAUACCAGCAUUCGCAUUACUCGUAAACAACGCAACAAGAAAAAGUCCGAACAUAAGGACAUUUCUCACGAAACAGCCGCAAUCAAGGCCCACAUUCUCACUAUUGCUAGCGAUCUUGAGCAUGGUGUCGUUUCUUGCACACCAUGGGGUCUCAUCCAUCUUUUUACCUCAUUUGCCACUAUGGAAUAUCCUGAAGAGGGUAUUGCUCUUUGGCGCACUCUUUCCAACCCUGAGACUUCGGCUUGUGCUCAAGAGGUUUGGAAGCCCCACGUCGUUGGUGCUGUUAUUGACUUGAUGAACGCUUCCGACACCCCAUUUGAAGAGAUUUUGGAUAUUUACCAGCAAUCCAAGGCUACUGGAGGCGAGUCUCCCAACCUUGAGCAGGCCAUGGUUGGCACUCUCAUUAAAAACAAUAUGAUUGACGAGGCCCUUCGUCUGUUUACGCAGGUUCUUUCUAAUUACCCCGAUGAGCAAUACUCGCUUUCUCGUAUUCACGACCGCUUUGUUGGUGACUGUGAUGAUGUCCAAACAGCCCUUAACUUUUUCUACGAGGGUAUUGAAAACAAAACCCCAUACAAGGCCUCUACCCAUCCUUCGACCGUCGUGCGUCUUAUGGAGCGCAUUUGGAACAGUGAGUUAGAUACUCGUCUCGACGACAUUGAACGUGUUUGGAAGACUUAUAUUGCCAACAUUCCGCGAUCUAUGGGUGAAUGGAUGUUCAAUACUACUGUUCACACAUUUUUGCAGUGUUUUAUGCAGACCUACCCUACACCUAUACCUGAAGCUGUUACUCGUCUGAAGGACAUUAUUCAGUUUUACGUCAAAACUAGAGUGGAGAUUAGUCCCAUUUUCCUCAACACUGUUUUGUCGAGUGUUCAACCAUGGGGUGACCAGGAUAUUGUCUUUACAAUUAUUAAUGCGUUUGAGAUUUUCCACCUGCCACAAGAUGCCGUGUCAUGCCGCAUCAUUUUAAAUUCAUUUGAGAAUAUUCAAGUUUCUGAGGAGCUGAUUCUGGACCGCUGGGCACGUCUUAAAGAAUCGCGACCAAAUAUUGAUGCUCUUGACUUGCUGGCUCUGUUACGUGCAUGCUUUCCUCAGUCUCGCGAGCAGCUUUUUGCUAAUGUUUUUUCUGAAGCUCUUGAGCGUGGCGAGAUUUCUGACCAGGCCAUUCUUGGAGCAAACAAGGCUAUUGCUGUUAAUGACCGACUUAAUCCCAGACAGGCCUUUUGGCAGAAUCUUCUGAGUCAGAACUACAUUGAAUAUGAUAAUGAAUCUCUUGUUCAUAAGACACCGUUCCAGGUACCCAACUCUAUUAUUGAUGAUGGAGUUCAUUGA